AAAAAUGGCGGCGGCCGUUAGCGCCGGCCCGUUUUGUAAUUCCACUACCCUAUUCUACCUGUGCAAAAUGUGAAAGGAAGAACGGCUGGUGAAGGGGGAUCCUAGGCAAUGAGUCGGCGAAGAAAACUUGGGGACAGCCCUGGCCUGAAGAAUACGCCGCGCAAAGCGGCGGCGGCGGCAGAGGAAUGCAGCUCGGUGGUCGAGUCAGGGAAGAGGCGGCUGAGGUCGGCCCGCAGAUCGGGGUUCAGCGGGGCCGGAGGUGGUCCUCCCCAGCCCAUUCCGCAGCAAGAGCCGCUUCCAGUAGCCGCUUCGUGCAGUAAAAGUAACCCCGAGGAAAAGUAUGAAACACCAAAGAGAGUGCUGAAAAUGGAUUUAUUGUCCUCUACCUUCUGUUCUCCUAAUGAUCCAGAUGGACAGAAUGAUAUUUUUUGGGAUCAAAAUUCUCCAAUGACCAAACAGUUAGGUAAAGUAAGAAAAAAAAAGGUUUACACCACAGAUAGUGAUGAGAUCUCACAUAUUGUUAACCGUAUUGCUCCUCAGGAUGAAAAACCAGCAACAGACUCCAUGUUGGGUGUGUGGAUUGGUGAAUCUGCUAUUCCUUGUACUCCUAAUGUUGCAAAGGGAAAAUCAAGAGCAAAAAUCAGCUGUACAAAGUUAAAAACACAAAAUCAAGAAGAAGAACUUAUGAAAUUAGCUAAGCAAUUUGAUAAAAAUAUGGAAGAGCUCGAUGUGAUUCAAGAGCAAAACAAGAAGAAUCAUGAUUUUAUCCAGAUGAUUUCAGAAGCAGAGGCUUUAAAUAAUUAUAAAGACAAUGUACAGAUGCGGUUAUUACAUGAUAUAGUUCCCGAAAUAGAUAAUGCUAUAAUAAAGAAGCCAAUGAAAGGAAACACCAAGGUAUCUGUGGUAAAUGAUCAAUAUAGCAGUCAGAAGCCAUUUGACCAAAACGCUGAAGCAGCCUUUAAUGCCAUUUUUGAUGGUUCUACCCAGAAAUGUAGUGGACAGUUAAGCCAGGAUCUUUCAGAUGAUUUUUGGACCACUGAUACUACCUUUGGAAAGAAAAGUGCUUUGAAAGAGGAGAAAAUCAUUACUAAUGAAACUCAGGUCACUGAAAAACUGCCAAAUAAACCCCCAACAUCACUUUCUCAUCAAGCAGAUACUCCUGGAAGGACAAAAUCUUAUAUGACUUCCAGUACUAAGGAUCCAAAAGCUUUUAAUAAGUGCAUGGAUGCAUUUACUACUAGUGAUUUUGAGGAUGAUUGGGAAAACUUACUAAGUAAUGAACCUUUCAUUACAGAAAAUGUAGAAAUGUCUGAACCCUUUCUUGCUCCUGAAACAGCCCAGAUUGUUGAUCGAAAGGAAAUUUGUAACUUUAAGAGUGAAAAUGAUAAAAAUAACUCAAAAAUGAAUAUAAGUCUAGAUGCUGGGUUUAGAGAUUCAAAAAUUUUACUAGGUGUUUCUUCAAAGACACAUACCAAUGAAUUAAUAGAUGCUGGAAAAUACACAUUUUCACCAGAUUCAACUGAGAAGCCAAACAAAUUAUUAUCCAUUGGAAAUAAAGUGAAAUUUGAGAAAUCUUUCAAUAAAGUCAUUCAAAAUAAAACUCAAGAUUGUGCAGUUGCUCCUGCUCUGACAAAAGUAAAGGAAAAUAUCCAUACUAGAUUUAUUUCUAAUGUAAAUACUUCUCAAAAAAAGUCUACUUCGAACACAGGAUAUUCUAAUGAACAAAAAAACAAGUCCAUUUUUAAUCAGUCUUUUAAAACACAUUCUAAUAGAGUUCUGUUUGACUCUGCUGCUUUGAGCAAUUCAAGUCAGACAAAUGCGUCAAAGCUCAGUUCUUUCUCUGAUGAUUGGAAUGACCCAUCAUUUGCCAAUGAAAUGAUUAUAGCAUGUCAUCAAUUAGAGAAUACCUGGGAAGCUGAUGAUGUAGAGGAUGACUUACUAUACCAAGCAUGUGAUGAUUUUGAAAGACUAACUCAGCAGCAAGACUUGAGAAAGGACAGCAAAACAUCAGAAAGUAUACUUGAGAUUAAUAACAGUUCCAAACAUGGAGCCAAAAACAUGUUUAUUACAUCUAAAAAAGGAAGUCAGUUGGUGCAGUCAACACAUUUGAAUCUGAGCAGUGUUUCAGCACAAUCCUCUUCGCUGACAGAUAGCUCACAAAUAAAUAAAUCAGUGAAGAUGCAGAAAGGGAAAAUUUGUGGAAAUUCUACAAGGUUUUUAGGUACUACAACAAAUUUUACUCUAUACUCUAAGAACUCAAAUUGUCCAAUCAAUAAUCUUCCAGUCUCUUGGAAUAAUACUGGUGUUCCAAUUCAAGUGAAUAGUUCCAAAUUGGUUCUUCCAAGAAGUUCAAGUUUGAAUGUGAAUUCAGAUCAAAUGAGUACACAAAUAGCUACCUAUGAAAAGAAAUUGAAUACUAGGACUCUGUCUCAUAGGACCAUAACAGAUGAAGAUCAGAGUGACCUUAAUGGAACAGUUAGAUUUUCUAAGUAUACAUUUACAAAGAUCAAAAAUACUUCGGUUCUUUCCCAGAUUAAUCAAAAUUGCAUAACAGGAAGUAUCUCUGAUACCAAAAUUUUACAGAGUUUGGAGAAAAACAAAACUGUUAACUCAGGUGGGAAAGCUAUUCAACAGGAAUCUUUGAUGAAACCUCAAUCUUUGAAACAACCUUCAAAAGAGGAAGAAGAGAAAAAUAGAAAGUAUUCUCCUGAAGAAAUUCAGAAAAAAAGACAAGAAGCACUUGUUCGAAGAAUGGCCAAAGCACUGGCAUCAUCUGUAAAGGCAGCUCCCACUUGA